GUUCCCGAAAUCCGCAAGCUCAGAAUGCUAUCUUCGUAGAAUCGUAGCUAUCGCACUUAAUUCUUCGCGUCGCAUUUCAGGUGGACGGGCAACGAUGCUCGUAGGCCUUGCUCCAGAACCUAUACUAUGGCGGUAGCGCGAGGGCUGAUCCGUCAGAAGCUCUGCGCAGCACCUAUCAUCGCCGUCAGACACGCACCAGCCUUCGCUCCUCUGGGAGCACGGUUCGCCUCGAGCUCCCCCGGGCCAAAACGCUUGCGACCCAGCGAUGCAGACAAUUUCUACAAUGACAGAACGGGCGACCUGAUGACGACCCCCGAGAACAAGGCGUGGUUCGAAAAGUACCCGUCGAUUCAUCACGACAAUGGCAUUGCAUCGCCGUUGCGCAUGAACAACGAGGAGAAGGGCGUCAUGAUCGAUUAUCGCGUGACGCUGCGGUUCACCCCGAAGCACCUGAUCCAUCCGUACCAGCUUGGAUUUCUGGACCCAAAAGGCCACCCCAAGGCGUUGGCGCAGCGACUACGAUACGCCGAGAAGACGCUGAAGGAGCCGCUGUGGAUAGUCUGCACUGGCUACGGCCAAGUCAUCCCGGUUGUCAAGAGCAUGGCAAAGAGGCGCGUACACGCUGCGAUCUGUGCCGCCCUACAGAGAAGGGGAUACGAUGCCCAUGGCAAGAAGGCAGAUGGGAAGCACAUCAGGGGGACAUUGUGGCUGACCCUCAAGGAGCCCUUGAGGACAGUUGAUCGACGAAACCUGGAUGAAUUCGGAGAAAGGGCCGUGGACAUGCUGUUGCGAGGGCUGGACCAGGGCUCCCAGCAACGUUCGAUGCCAACGCACCAAAGAAAACCAGCACCGAAACAGCGAAAGACGCAAAAUAGGAAGACGCAGGAUCCGUUUGAGAUGAAAUUUGGGCAUGCAAGGCGGGAUCAUUGAGCAUGGUGUGUACAUGUAGAAUCAUUGUAUUCCAGGUUACAUUAGUGUAUCACUCGGCAUUCAGAUAGAGCAUAUAGCGUAGCGGCGCAAGCAUGUCAUGUAUAUCUACUAACGUUAGACUUGAAAGAAUUAAAAGCUA